AUGGGACGUGAAUCGAGUUGCAAUUUGCUCAUUACCGGUGCCACUGGCCACGUUGGCUUCCGAACCCUCAUCCACGCCCUGAAUGCAGGCUACACCGUCCGCGCCGCCGUCCGGUCACAGGCCAAAGCCAACACCAUCAUCUCACACCCUCAGAUCCAGGCUCUCAACUUGGGCUCUCGCCUGAGCUUCGUCAUCGUCCCCGAAAUCACCUACCCAUACGCCUACGACGAGGCUACUCGGGGCGUCAAAUAUGUCAUACACAUUGCGUCGCCGCUGAUGACCGGUGGCGACGAGAUUCCACUGAACGAGCACGACUCGCACUUCAUCCAACCUGCCGUCCUCGGAACGUUGAGCAUGUUGGAGGCAGCGAAGAAGAGUCAGACCGUGCGGCGAGUAGUGAUCACAAGCUCUAUCGUGGCUAUCACUCCAGUUGCUCAGAUGGAAGGCUACGAGCGACGAAGCACGCCAGUUCUACCAACGGACCGCGUGGUGUUCGAGUCUGGACCCUACGAAACCGAAUUCGCUGCCUACGCUGCUUCCAAGGUCGCUGCCCUACAAGAGGCUGAAGCCUGGAUCAAGAGGGAAAGGCCCUCGUUCGACGUUAUCCACCUCCACCCAGCCUUCAUUGAAGGCCGCAACGAUCUUGCAACAACACCACGCGAAGCGAUGAAAGGCACAAACGCUGUUGUUCUGGGAAUAGCUCUCGGUAAAGACUUCGGAAGUUUUGCCGGUGCCACGGUCCAUAACGACGACGUCGCACGAGUACACGUUCAGUCUCUGCUUCCCCACAUUCCAGGCAAUCGGAGCUACAUCCUCAGUCAGCAAACGCGGUGGAACGAUGCCAAAGACAUCAUUAAGCGAUCCUUCCCAGAGGCUGUUGCGAAGCGGAGGCUACCGAACUGUGGAUCGGCCACGAACAUCGAAAUAAAAUUUGAUUCGAGUCUGACGGAAAGGACUUUUGGAUUCAAGCACAUUGGGUUUGAGGAGCAGGUCGAAAGCGUCGUUGGACACUUUUUGGAAAUACGGACAAGGAGGCGCACAACCAUGCAGGCUACCAGCAGCGAUCGAAGAGGAAGCGCUUUGGCAGCUGCUGGUCAAGAGGUUAGAGCGAAUGCUUAG